AUGGUUUACCUAGUGUCUGAUCACAGGGUUAAAAAGGAUCUAGCGAAAGAGCAGAGGGGUGCGCCACCUAGAAAAAAAUCCCAAAGGAAAAAAAGUGUUGUUCUUUUUGUCUUGCAACUACGCUCGUCGAGACCAAUUAAGCGCGAGCUGGCUCCGACGGAAAUCGAAUCCGCACCCUUGGGAUUGCGCGAAAAUGCACAACCCACUGAACUAUGUCUUGGUGUUCUUUAUAAACAAAAAGCCAGGCGAGCAUAUACUUUUCAGCUAUACCUUCGACAACUAAGUCAACUAGUUAGAUUUAUCGCUAAGCUUAAACCUGUCCCUACUAGAUUUUUUCUGCUAAAUACAAACGGAGAUUACACGAUGGAGUUAACGCAAAUAUUUAUGGGGACUGGAGAGUUGGUACAACAAGAGGUUAAGCGCUUAUCCCGCGCUAACGAAAAAUUAAAAGAAUGCUUAGAAGUUGCUAAAACUUCAAUAACAGAAGUUUUGAUAGAUAUCCAUAAAGAUACAGAGAAACUUAAAGAAAGUAUCUUAGAACUUGCGAAGGCACAAAAUUUGGCUAUUGCAGUAGGUAAUACGCUUAGUUCUCUUACUAUGGAUGUACCACAGGUGGAUUGGAGGGAGAAAUAUAAUAAAAACCUGGCAGAAGAAUAUCAAAAGCAACUUGGAAGUGAUAUAAAGAAUCACCCGUUUAUAACAUUUAUGUCAAAUAAAAUUUCCCCUGCUGAAGAGUACUACGAAGACCUAAUAGUGACUCAAGAAACUGAAACUUUUCUCUGCCCCAUUUCCCAAGCACCGCUUAAGGAUCCUGUAAAACAUGAGCUAUGCGGUCAUGUUUUCGAAAAGGAAGCCAUAGAGCAGUUGCUAAAUAUUGCGAGUCUGAAGACGCGUAAAGUGAAGUGCCCACACAUAGGCUGCGGAGUCUAUAUCGAAAGCGCCCUUCUAAAGGAAGAUUCCUGGAUUAAGAAGAGACUCAAGCGGCGCCUGCAGCAGCAGUUCAGAGAAGACGCUCUCGACCAGUACCACGCCAUGACCCCGUAG